GGUGAAAGCCGGGACCAAGCUGACAGCCUUCAAGAAGAUGAUCCCAAAGCAAGUGGUGAACGCUGGAGUCUUGACAAACGUGGAGAUUGACCAGCUGAAGAUCCGUUAUGGCGACACUGAAUGGAAGAAAUCCUACAGCGGCGCAACUUUGCGUGAUUUGCAAACUGCCAAUCGUGCGGAGCUCGAUGGCAUGCUGAAGCAUGGCAGGAAGCCCAGUGGUAAGAGCGACAAGAAGUCAGUGAAGAAGGUUGAUAGCCCUGAAGUUUUUGGCUUUCAUUCGCAACUGAGCUUUUUUUCGGAUUUCGUUGGGAUGGGCGGCAAGCGGAAGUCACUGGGCGAUAAGUCCACUUCAAUCUCCAAGCAGUCGAGCAUUGAAGACUUUGCUGUGAAGUCUGUGCUGUACGAGAGCCAGGAG